AUGCUUAAGCUAGCAUUUUUCCAUCUCCGACGCCACACCGGCGAGAAGCCGUUCAACUGCGACAGCUGCGGACGAUGGUUUUCGAGGUCCGACCACCUGCGCACCCAUCGGCGGACGCACACCGACGAGAAGCCGUAUCAGUGCACCAUAUGCCCGUAUGCAGCGCGUCGUCGAGACGUCCUGACGCGCCACAUGUCGACCAGACACCAAGCCAAAGCCGGAAAGAGCAUCUUCCAGAAGGCGAGGGACGCGAGGAGG